CCCACUUCCGUCUCCCCUGUUCCUCACGCUCGUCUUGUAUUUCAUUGUCGCAUUUUUAAUCAAAAAACAUUCCAUCAGAAAUCGGCUUUCAAGAAAACAUUCCAUCAUUAUUCCGUCUCCUGUUCACCCAUCCUCCCUGCUCUUAUCUUGUCAGCGGCCUUGCGUGCUGUGCCGGUUUAUCAGGGCACUCGUCAUCCUUAUCGGGACAUCCCUACUUAAGGAGGAUUGUAUGCUAACAGUCACACUCAAUUUCUCUCCUUUUGUCACUCUCUUGCUGCUCUGCAUCUUUGUUGAGGUUGUUUUCUUGAUUGUGAUACUGCUGAGCCGCAUCAACUGGAUGUCUGGAGCAGCAAUUUCCACACGAAAGUUCUCUUCUCAAGGGAAACCUGAACAGUUUUCUUUAAUCAGCAAGUCAAUUGAAAUGGUGGCUUGUGUUCCCAUUGCAGCAAACUAAACACUAGAAAAGUUGCACUCUCGAGGAAAAUGGAUACUGGUCCUUCAUAUUUAAAACAACCUCUGGAAGAUGCAUUUUUCUCCAAGUUUGCAAGUGAGUACAUAUGCUUGUUAGUCACCUUUAAGCAAAUGUUGGUGCUAUUUGGAAGUGCCAAGUCUAUGCUUGCAUGUCAACAUUCACCCACCACCGUGGAACACUUGAUACCUGUUAAUUUACAAUAAUACACUCUUUCAGUCAGAUCUCUCACUCCUCUCACUGUUUUUAGCAUUUUCAUUUCACAAGAGGUAUGUUUUUUACUCAAAUUGUCAGGACACAAUUGUGGGUGUUGUUUUUAAUAAGAAUUAGGUAGUUAUCUUUUCUUUCCACUUUCUUGCUUUGAAAGCUUAGUUAGCUUCUAAAUUUGCAGAAGUAGGUAGUUCUCUUCUUUCCACUUUCUUGCUUUGCAAUUUCAUUUUAUUUUAAAGGGGUUCAUUUCUGACAACUUUUCUUAUCCAAAAAAUGGCAUGAAAUUACAACAAUGUUCAUAUA